AUGGUUCAUUUCGGACACGCUAACCUUGUUCGACAGGCGAAAUCAUUAGGUCACUAUCUGAUUGCUGGCAUCCAUAGUGACGAAGAGAUAUCCAGACACAAGGGACCACCUGUUUUUUCACAGGAGGAGCGAUAUAUACUGCUGAAAGCUCUUAAGUGGGUUGAUGAGGUUGUGAAAGAUGCCCCAUAUAUGACACAACUUGAGGUGCUGGAAAAAUAUGACUGCGAUUUCUGUGUUCAUGGGGACGAUAUCUCAGUCACCGAAGAUGGCGUAGAUGCCUAUGAAAUCGUGAAGAAGGCUGGUAAAUAUGUGAUCCUACGAGCCAUCAAACGUGCCAAAUCGGUGGAAUUGGGAGUCGAGAGUGGCGUUCAACCAAACAAUCUACCUCAGCCGGAGACGAGCCCUUUGUCGGCCUACACCUCCGGCAUCACGCAUUACAUGCCCAACGCGCUGCGUCUGAUGCAGUUCAUGUCGCCCCCUGGGGGUGGGGGGGCUGACAACUCUCUCGAGGGCCUGCGUGCCCCGCGGCCCGGCGAGACCGUUGUCUACGCGCCCGGAGCCUUCGAUCUCAUGCAUGUUGGUCAUGUGAAGUUUAUGGAAAAGUGCCGCGAGAUCGGGUCGUACCUUAUCGUCGGUCUCCACUCCGAUGAGUCUGCGCUGCUCGAAGCGGGUCGAAUCGGGCCAAUCCUCAACAUGCAUGAGCGACUUCUUCCUCUGUUGGCUUGUAGGUACGUCAACAAUGUCAUCCUGGACGCUCCCUUCGUCGUUACCGAAGAGUUCCUCGACUUCUUCAAGGUCGAUGUCGUCGUCGUGGGCACUCACACGGAUGACCUGCCAGACUCACCUAACGACCCCAUGGCGGUACCGCGGCGGCGCGGCAUUUACCGAAGGAUCGAAAGUGGGUCGGACGUCACCACACGACAAGUUAUUCAACGAAUCAUUGAAAAUCAGUGA